CGUGCCGGCUCUCAUAGCUCAGACGCGCCUGAUAGAAAACAGUAAACUAUGCGGGAUAUGUCUCAGUGACUGAACAGAAUUUAUCCUCUCCGCAGCGAUAAGAAGCUCGGCGCCUGUGAGCUCCUGUGUGACCGUGAACGCAACUAUAUCACCCUCCACCUGCACUUAAUUGUUUCGGAGUUUUGCUCUCGGUGUCUGUGUGGCGCGUAACUUCCAGCAGAGGACAAGCACUGGGAUUUUGGGGCACUCCGGCACAGGACGGGACAUCGUGUGCGCCAGGCGUCAGGCAGAGGAGUCAACAAGUGGCUCUCAUUUGCGGGAAGAGGAGGGAGAUUAUGAAAGAGUGAAGUUGCUGAAUGGAAAGUUAGUUUGGACUUUCUCAGUCGGUAUUUAAAGUGAGUGAUAGUUUGUUUGAGCCUCUGGAAGGUGACGCGGACAGAGUUUUUAAGUGUUUACGCAUUUGUUAUCAGCAUGAGUGGACCGGUGGUUUUCCAGAUGUGGAUGGUUUUAUUGUUGGGGACUAUAACAGGGGUCGCGAGGGCUCAGGUCUCUACUGCCAAAGUGAUGAGGGGCAACAUCAGGAGAGACGACAGCAAUCGCCUCACCACAGACUUGUACCGCAAGGAGGAAAACAUCACAGUCACGCCAGUGGGUGGAGCCGUCCACAGCCCACGCUACCCCAACGCUUACCCCCGCAAUCUGCUGUUGUCAUGGAAACUGCUGUCGCCACCAGGGAGCCGCAUUCACCUGGAUUUUGACGGACACUUCGGUCUGGAGGAGGCUGAGAAUGGAGUGUGCAGGUAUGACUUUGUGGAAGUGGAAGACCAAUCCGAGACCAGCACUAUAAUUUGGGGUCGCUGGUGUGGGCAGAAGGCACCGCCUAGUCUCAACUCCAAAACCAACCUGCUCAGAGUCACCUUCAAGUCUGACGAUUACUUUGUUGCAAAGCCAGGAUUCAAAGUCUACUACUCACUGCUGUACGACUCUCCUCUGCCUGCAUCCAACACCAACUGGGAGGCUGUCACCAUGCCCAUGUCGGACAGUGUUGUAGGGCAGAUGCCAGCCACAGUCACACAGGUUCCGUUCUCAUUGGAGGAUUUGGACCGGACCAUAGCUGCCUUUGACACUGUGGAACAGCUCUUCAGAUCCCUGAGCCCAGACACCUGGAGACAGGACCUGGACAGCAUCUACACUCAAACACACAUACAUUACAGAUCCAGGGCCUAUCAUCUGGCAAGCAGACAUAAUAAAGUUGAUCUGAACCGUCUCUAUGACGACGUCAAGCGGUACAGCUGUACGCCCCGCAACUACUCUGUGAACCUGCGCGAGGAGCUGAGGGUCACCAACGCAGUCUUCUUCCCGCGAUGUCUGCUGGUCAAACGCUGUGGAGGCAACUGCGGCUGCGGAACAGAGAACUGGAACAACGGGUGCAUCUGCCAGGCCUCCAAGACGACACUCAAACUACAUGAGGUGCUGAAAUACUCCCCAGAGGUCACUCUGCAUCAGCGCCAUCGGAGGACGCGGGUGCGCUGGAUCAUAGACGAGAUCUUCCUCACACACCAUGAAAAGUGCGAGUGUGCAUGUCCCUCCCAGCCCCCUCGCUGAGACACCCUGACCGGCAUAUUCAUCUGGAACUGUUGGAAGUAGUUCUUUUUAUCUUUUUUGCUACGAACUUCAUAUAAUUACAGCAACGCAGACACACGUGCCGCAAAGAAGGCGGCAACAAUUUGACUGACAAACAGCAGCUAGCACCAUUCAGUGACAUUUGUUCUCGCAGAUAAACCACCUCCCUUCCUCUGUACACAGGCUAAACUUGUAAUGCAUAAAUAUUUCCAGCCCAACAAGUUUGUUAUUUAACAUUCCUGCAGCUUGGAGUCUAAAUUAUCCCUGUUUCAAUCAGUUUUUUCCUUCAAAAACUACACACAGAAGAUUCUUUGGACUACAAAAAAAUACCAUGCCAUGCUAUUAAAAACAUAACACCAAUGUUGCAUCAAACUUACAUCGUGAUUUCAGGAGUUUAAUGGAUGCCAACUUAAUUGGGUUGAUAUUUAAUUGACUUCAACCACUGUGUAAACAGUUUUUCAUUCCUAUUUCAUGUGUAUGUUUUUGCGUUCAAUUGUGUUAUAUAAAGAGCGUUUGUAGAAACUUCAGGCACUUCUUCUGCCAGGAGCACACUGAGAUGAGUGAGCGUGAGACAGAAGGAGGGAGGGAGAAGGGUUGGAAGUGUAAACCAAAAUAACACUUUAUCUUGAUGUGAAAUUAGGCUAACCACAACCCUCCAGAUCUGAAUUGCACACUAACGCACUCACACACAUUCGCUCUAGGCUUCCGCUCCCACCUAAAGACAAAAAGUGAAGUUAUUUAUACUGAAUUCUUCACUGCUCUAUUUUCCAGUGAAGCCCUCCUUUGUUUUGCACACAUUCCUGUCUGCAUAUAUUCACGCUUCCCUUUGUCUGUCCUUCCAUCCAUACGUGUCUUUUCUUUCUUUCUCACUGCAUCGCACACACACAUACUCUCCCUUCAUCACACACUCUCUAACACAUCAAAGGAGAUGUCAGAUCAGGCUGCUGCCCGGUUUUCCGAGCGUUCCAGGCAUUCCAACUGCUAACUAGAAUUCUGCUAACACAGUUAAAACCAUGAACCUCAGACCCUGAACACGUAAGAGGAAAGAGAGUUGUUUAGGAGAGGCGGCUGACAGAAGAGGGACAAUCAAGCCGCCUGUUCGUAGAUUACCGGCACUCCUGGAUGAGAGAUGAGAGGAGCCACUUCGGAGACACAACACAAAAAAGAUUGCAGCUACUUCAGCAGGUUCAAUCAGCAUGUUCAUGUUUUGCGCUCGCCUGAUUUUUUUGUCAAGCUGCUUUUACUCCUCGCAAAGAUGCUCACAUGUAUCACAAUCUGACCCGCUGCUUUGCAAGUCUGCUGCAGCACCACAGUGAAAAGAGAUCUGUGGGAAUUAGAGUCAUGUUGUUAGUCUCUGCUGAAAAUACCACUGAUAUUUGAGAGAGUGUGUGUGUGUGUGUGUGUGUGUGUGUGUGUGUGCGUGUGUGUGUGUGUGUAUGUGUGCAUGUGAGUGCCAGUCUGCCUGCAACAGCUCAGGAAGAGGUCCUUUUGUUUAAGGGGUGGAGGGUUACCAACAGUCUGUGAGAGCUGGCAGCCGAUACAAGCAUGGGAAUGGUCGGCAUGUGACUGUGCGUGCAAGUGCGUGCAUAUGUGUGUGUGUGUGUGUAGGUAGCUAGAGUAUCAAAGCAAUACAGCAAGAAUUCAAAGUAACAGCUUAUCAUUGCCAAACACAUGACCCAGCUGUGAGGAAUAAAUCAUCAGUCAUCUCUCCAUCAUCACCUCCCAUGUGUCACACGCUCAGGCCCGCUUACAGGCUAGAUUUACACAGAAAAUGGGAUUUUACACACUACUUUUGUUCUAAAGACAGACAAAAAAAGAGAAUAACCGGACACUGAGACGAUUCCGCGGUCACAGUGAAACCCGAUCAGCUGUGUGCCGGCGCUCUUUCAUGUGCAUGUGUGCACUGUAAGUCACGGGUUUUAUUUGGCAGGUGUGGGAUACAAAACACCCUUCAAUGGUCCAAAAGUGUGUCAGGUUGGGCGGUAGUCACAUUCCAAAUAAUUUCCCACACACACACACACACACACACACACACACACACACACACACACACACACACACACACACAGAAAGCAGCUUCACUUUGCUGUAAAGCUUUUGUCUUCUGUUCGCUUGUGAAAUUAGCUCUCAUUCCUGUGGGUUUCAUUUUGAAACAGAGAUAAACACAAAGCUCAUACAGAGUGGGUGAUUUUUUCAAAUUUCGCAGACGAUGCUUGGCAGGUAAAUCUCCACUUUAUAUUUUCAGUAUCUAACGAGCCAGAUGGUGAUGAGGUAAUGUGUCGUUUUCCAAGAUGCUCUGUUGCAAAAUGUAUAGUCACUCUAGCAAGACGUUUUAUCAACUCUGCUGCAAAUUCAUGUAUUUUAAAUGUAUGUGAGGGGUGUGUGUGUGUGUGUGUGUGUGUGUAUGUGUGUGUGCUUCCUGUGUCUGCCAGUUUGCUGGUGUUAUCAGCACAUUCCAUUUGUUUCGUGGCACAAAGACACAUUCCUCUUUUCCUCGAAACUGGUUCAUUUUCUCCUCCAGUUUAUUACAAUAGAACCACAUGAGUUUCAACAUCAGACACGUAAAACUGUUUGUAUAAUUGUUUGAGUUUUCGUUUUAUUUUUGUAGGGCUGCCCCCCAAUAGUCAACCAAACGUUAGUCGACCAGAGGUCAUUAGUCAGCAAGAUUUCGUUGGUCACUUAAUCGCAGGAAGAAAAAAAAAAGCUCUUGAAAGCUGGCACAAGACUAGCACCCAGCAUCUGGCCUCGCAUUUCCAGGCAGUUAAAGACAUGGUAUGUGUACGGCCCCUAAUUUCCAGGGCUGGUACCUGCGGUUAUUCCACAGGCUAGUUAAUAACAUGUCGGGCAGGAAAUCCAAAGUGUGGGAUCAUUUUGAGAAGGUGAAGGACGAACCCAAGGUGAUAUGUAAACUCAUCUUCAUUGGUCGACUACAAACAUGACGUAUCAUCUGAAACAUGGAAGUAGCUACAUGCCCAUUAGCCCACAGCGUCAUUAACAGGCGGCUCGCUCAGUGUGUGACGUGCACUUGUAGAUAAAAUAUAGGCCUAUAUUAAUGAAGGUUCAUUAGUACGGUUUUGUAUUUCUCUGUAAUGUAGCACAGUGUUAACAAUGUUACUGAUACUAUUCUUUCUCACACCUUCAACUCAACCAUUGUGUUGCCCCGCCCAAAAUAUAUAAUUUAAUUAAUAUCGUAAACAUGCAGGCGACUAGUCGACUAAUGGCUCUAAAUGACGACUCUUGGUUGACUAGGAAAAUUCUUAAUCUGGGGUAGCCCUGAUUUUUUGUUUGUUUACAACAACUAGAGCUCUUUUCAGAGGUCGUCUAUGAUCUUAAUCCCCUAUGAAUCUGCCAUGUCCAUAAUUUCUCAAGUGAACAUUCCACUGCAAAUUCCCUACCAUAUUUCGCCAAACAGAGGUUCUGCGAUAGUAUUAGUCCCAUUAGAAUCGGUAUUGAGAACUAUGAAGGCUGCAUUGUCAAUUACAAAUUAAACUUCUGACAGCAUUAUAGGUGGAAGAGGCUCAUCUAGCUACACAUCAUGGAGACCGGUUUGCUGAAAAAGCGAGCUCAAAUCAAUCAGAAGAGCAAAAUCUCGAAAGACCUUAGGACAGAUGAUGUGUGGCAGAAUCCGUUUAGUUUUUUAACCCACAUUUAAAAGAAAAAGGGAGGUUAAUACUGUACAUCACCUGUAGUGGUGCUGUUUAGUGUUUCUGUCUUGUGUAAGAAAUGACUUUGCGCAAUACUAGUCCCAUGCAAGUAGGCCUAAAGAGUGUUGCUUUGGACAAGCUUUGAAUAAGAUUCGUCCAGAGUUUCGGCUUCGCUUCUGAGGAUUCUGGGUGACUGAUUGUACUGUCAUAUUUUCAACUCAGAGAAAAGUUGUUAGUUUUAAGAACCUGCUUUGCUGUAUUCAGAAAAAUAUUCAUGAUAAAACUGUAUGCUUCACUUAAAUAAUUUAUUGUGUCUUUCUCUGUUGUUUUAUUAAACAUAUCAGCUGGUUGGUCUUGAUAAAUAAAGUGUUUC